UCUCUCUCUGUGUCUGUACUUGCUCGUGCCUUCCCUCACUGUGAUCGGUCAAGGACAUGACAGGAAGUCGCGACUACCAUGAACCAUUGCAGCCAUGGUGCCACAAAGCGUGACCACGUCAAUCAUCCUCUCUCUCUCCCCCAAUCCAUCUCACCACCUUCAGCCUGCCCACCAAUGACCAACCCACUACUGUAGAUUAUGCUGCUGCUGCUGCUGCUAUUUAGCCCUCCUCAGCGCGGGGAAACUCAGCUUCAUCGUCGUCGCGUCGUCAUGGCGCGCGAUGCCUUUUCAACCCAAGCGCUUCCGCCACUUAUUUGUGUGCCUCAGCCGCCUGACGCAGCGCCAGUAUCAGCCCCAGCUUGAUGCGUUUGAGAGAAGCCCGCCGCCAGAGCCGUCCAUGAUCUGCCAAGGCCUUUGGCCUCAGGAUGCGCCUUAUCGGCUUGAUGCUCAAGAGCGGCCCACGACCGUUCCGAGUGUACUCGUUUCGCACGUCUCACAGCGUCGACGCCUGCGUCACUCGCAACCUGGUGUUGCGCGUCUUAUCUCCCCUCACCAGCAUGCUCGGCCCUUUUGGUUUCCCAAGUUGCACCCUUCUCUUCUCUUCGCCUCUCUUCUCCCUCAGUUUUGUGCGCUGAAAGUGUCGCAUGCGGAACAUUCAUCGUCGAGUCGACGUGGACAUGGACAUGUUCCCUCCCCAGCCUGUCACAUCGCCUUAUGGCUUAGCGCCCGUCGUCUCUGGAGCUUGGUGCCAGAGCUUGUUUCCAGGCAUGCCAAACACUGUCAAACCUCGCGCUCCGUAAAACUGAAGCACGUUCCGCGCUCUGACACGCCCAGUUUUGAAACCACCUCCUAUAUUCCCCGAUGAGGCUGCUAACAUCAUGCAUCCCGCCCAGAUUCCCGACUUUUCAGGCGACGAGAUCGCUCUCGGCCUUAUGCCUCGUCCUCUUCCGGCUUAACAUGUCUCGUGACAGGGUUCUCCAAAACAUUUUGGCCUUGACCGCCCGUGAGAGCCCAUGGCGACGAUCGAAAACUUGGCCUGCAGCCACGAUGGCUUGAAAACGUUGCCAAUCUCAGCACCUGCCACUGACAAUCAGCCAUGCUGUCUGGUUCCUGGGACCACCUGUUUCGCCUCGCUGUCCAAACGCUUAUAUCUCGUUCGGAUGCCCC